AGUCUCCCAGCCACACCUGUGCUCCCGCCCUCUCCCACCCUGCCAGAGCCGGUGUCCCAGCUGCAAGCUGACUUCACCCUGUUGGACAGGGGGUCAGGCCUCAGGGUAGAGGUGUUCUGCCAGGCAUCCUCGGGCAGCCCACCCAUCACCUACAGACUGGUCAGGAGGAACGGGCACAUCCACAUGCAGCAGACUCGGAACCCUGGGCAGCCAGCCAACUUCUCCUUCCCACUGAACCAGACGUCGGACUGGUUCCGGUGCCAGGCUGAAAACAACAUCAGCGUCCAGCACACUCCCUUCACACUAGUGCCCCCAGGAGAGCUGCCCCAGGGACCCACCUUCACGCUGGCUGCCUGCCUCAUCUCCAUCAUAGCCGUCUUUUCUUGGAAACUGAGCUGGACCAAGCAGAUCAGUUUCAGGAGGAAGCAGCAAACAGAAAAAAAACAAGAACCAGUUAGAACCAACUAGGCUCAAGAUGGCGGAGGAUUCGACUUCCAAUAGAUCUAGAGCCUUACUACACGCUCUAUACGUUAGCUAAAUGACACACCCACCAGCACCAGGACAGCUGGCGAUCACCAUGAUGACAACCAGAAAAGCCCCUAUGAGAACUGAAAAGGAGAGUUGCAUCAGUUCCAGGUCGUGACCAGAAGAUGCAGGCUGGGCAGAGUCCCCAGGAGAGCCCUGGUCCUUGUCCCCUAUAGAAGGACCCACCAUUUGAAGAAAUGAAAUGAAGAAAAGAAUGAAGAAAAGCCCCACCAGCCUGGAUUCUUGGAGCGCUGGUGUUCUUCAUCAAAUACUCAUGGUGCUAGUUUGAGGGAUUUAGGAUGGGGGGAGCUGUAGGGGGAAGGAGAGGUCCAUAGGAGGACGGGGCUCUGUGAGGGCCCCUCUCCUCACCGCUCAGCAGCUCGUCACCGUCCAUCCAGGUCUGGGGAGACGGUGGGGUAGAUGUGAAGGCCCAGAGGCACCAGCCCACCCAGGGCCACUGCUUCCUCCCCCACCCCUGCUCCCCUCUUCCCUGGAGUGGCACCCCAUCUCCUGGUGGCCCAGUCCUCUGGCUCCACUGCUCACCUGUCACCGUCCCAUUCACCUGGAGGACUCUGGGCCCCACCUGGCCAGCACCCCCUCAUUAAUCUUUACCUGCAACUAUGAUGUCUGGAAUUCCUCCCUGCCGAGUCAGCCUGAGGCCCCUGGAGAACCAGCCCCCCUCCCCACCCACACACACCUAGAGCCAUCCCAGUUUGGACGCUCUGAACCAUUUCCGGAAAGAAUUGUAUUAAACUCUGCCCCCUGCCGGCCA